AUUUCGCCUCUAGAAGAACACCCCCCUUAGAGCAGCGGUAAAAAUAACAAUUCACCAACGGGAGACCCCUUUCACAAUGCUACAGAUGCUACACUUAUCAAGGACUCAGAUAGUCAGAAAAGCUCAGUUUUUUUGGACAGGAAGGGUUUGACUGAAUCAAAAUUGAGUCAAAAAUAUUCAAAUUUGCUACGAGGAAUAAUGAAAUCAUUAUUCUUGAAAUAAAAAAAACGAUGAUGCACAAGAUUUCUUUCAGAUUGGACCGGUGCCCUAAAAUCAUCCAGUUCAUUUCACAAAUUUCCGAUGCUAAUUGCAAUCAACGCAAAAAAAAUUGGAGCUAUCACGAUCUCCUCAGAAAUCAACAAAGCUGGCAGCUUCUUGCAAAGGAAAAGGGGAGCUUCAUUCUUAUCCCCAUGGGGCCCCAAAAAUCCAACAUGUUUAAAUUCAUUACUAUCCUUUCUAAUUUUGCAGGGUUCCAAAAGUCUAUGCAGGACGACUCGAUCUCCUUUCAACAUUGGAGUACUUUUGAAACAGAGGAUCCUACAUCCAUAUCUAAAUUGAUUUUUAAUUUCCAAAUUGAGGCAGCAAGUACCGAGAAGCAAUUGAUAUACUCUCUAGAGAAACAACCCAAAUUGACACCAAUUCAGGCUUACUCGGACGCCUCCGAUAGUUUUGACUACUCUGAUGACUCCUUCUCAGACGAUUAUUUGGGACAUGCAACCGAAAGCGAACGUCGUCCUCCUAUAUCAAACCAGGAAGAAAUUAGGAACACGAAAUUCAAUAGAGCGAUUUGCCAAAAAGCAAAUUUCGUUACCACGGAAAACUACAUACCAACAGAGAAUCUGAACAUGCAACUUAAGAUUUAUAUGAAAUCUCAGAAGAAUAAGAGACGCCACAGCAUGACGACUAGAUCUCAGUCUAGAGAUUUUUCUUGGGAUUAGCUUUACUCUUUUGGUUCUUUUUUAUUUAUUUUCUUUACUUCGACUUUCUUUUUCUCGCAUUGUACUACUUUUGGUUAUCAAUAAAAUCUUAUUUCCUUAAAAAAGGAAUGGUACAAAAACAAAAGGGCCGUAUACAAUGAAAAGAAAAAAUCGGUAAAAAGCUUGGUGGGCCGAGUGGGUUCCGUUUUUUGCUUCCGUC